AUGCGCUAAGUGUAGGCGAGGAUUCAGGCUGCUCUUGUUAGCUAAGUUUUGCUCCGAAAACUUGACCAGAAAGGGUACUUUCUGGAGAGUAAAGAUGUCAACAAGUGACUUUUAUUUGAGAUAUUAUGUUGGACACAAGGGAAAGUUUGGCCACGAGUUCCUAGAAUUUGAAUUCAGACCAGACGGUAAACUAAGGUACGCGAAUAACAGCAACUACAAGAAUGACGUCAUGAUCAGAAAAGAGGCAUAUGUACAUAAAAGUGUGAUGGAGGAGUUGAAGAGGAUCAUUGAUGACAGUGAGAUCACCAAGGAAGACGAUGCACUGUGGCCACCUCCUGACCGAGUUGGCAGACAGGAGCUGGAGAUCGUCAUUGGUGAUGAGCACAUUUCAUUCACAACAUCCAAAAUUGGCUCCUUGAUUGAUGUCAACCAAUCAAAGGAUCCUGAAGGUCUUCGUGUGUUCUACUACCUGGUGCAGGAUCUGAAAUGUCUCGUCUUCAGUCUCAUCGGCCUACACUUCAAGAUCAAGCCCAUCUAAAUGGGAAUUCUGUUUUGGUUUAAAUGCUUUAGCUAAUGUUUCUGUUGUUGACUAGCGCAUUUGUACAUUUGCUUUUGGUGGAACUUUUUUAUUUUAAAUAAAGAGUGACAAGCUCGA